AUGUCUAUUUGUGAACAAUACUAUCCAGAAGAGCCAGCCAAGCCAAUCGUCAAGACCGAGUCCAUUCCUGGUCCUGAGUCUCAGAAGCAAUUAAAAGAGUUGGGUGAGGUUUUCGAUACAAGACCAGCAUAUUUCUUAGCCGAUUAUGAGAAAUCCUUAGGUAAUUAUAUCACUGAUGUAGAUGGGAACACCUACUUGGAUUUGUAUGCUCAAAUAUCUUCAAUUGCACUAGGCUACAACAACCCUGCCUUGAUUAAGGCCGCACAAUCUCCAGAAAUGAUCCGUGCUUUAGUCGACCGUCCUGCCUUAGGUAACUUUCCUUCUAAGGAUUUAGAGAAAAUUUUGAAGCAAGUAUUGAAAUCGGCACCAAAAGGUCAAGACCACGUCUGGUCAGGGCUUUCUGGUGCGGAUGCCAAUGAAUUAGCAUUCAAGGCUGCUUUCAUUUAUUACCGUGCCAAACAAAGAGGAUAUGAUGCUGAUUUUUCAGAAAAAGAAAACAUAUCUGUAAUGGAAAAUGACGCCCCCGGUGCCCCUCAACUUGCUGUGCUAUCGUUCAAGAAAGCGUUCCAUGGUAGAUUAUUCGCUUCCGGCUCUACAACUUGUUCUAAACCAAUUCACAAGUUAGAUUUUCCAGCCUUCCACUGGCCUCAUGCUGAAUAUCCAACUUACAAGUAUCCGUUAGAAGAUAAUACUGAUGAAAACCGCAAAGAGGAUGACCGUUGCUUGGCCAUGGUUGAAGAGUUAAUCAAGACCUGGUCUAUUCCAGUUGCUGCCUUAAUCAUUGAACCUAUUCAAUCAGAGGGUGGUGACAAUCAUGCUUCCAAGUAUUUCUUGCAAAAGUUAAGAGACAUUACUUUGAAGUACAAUGUCGUCUACAUCAUAGAUGAAGUGCAAACAGGUGUCGGAGCCACUGGUAAGCUAUGGUGCCAUGAGUACGCCGAUAUUCAACCACCUGUAGAUCUAGUGACAUUUUCCAAGAAGUUUCAGAGUGCAGGAUACUUCUUCCACGACCCCAAAUUCAUUCCAAACAAACCAUACAGACAGUUUAACACAUGGUGUGGUGAACCCGCCAGAAUGAUUAUUGCAGGUGCCAUCGGACAGGAAAUCUCUGACAAGAAGUUGACUGAACAGUGCUCAAGAGUUGGUGAUUAUUUAUUCAAAAAAUUGGAGGACUUGCAGAAGAAAUAUCCUGAAAACUUUCAAAAUUUGAGAGGUAAGAGCAGGGGCACAUUCAUUGCCUGGGACUUACCUACUGGUGAAAAGAGAGACCUGCUAUUAAAGAAAUUGAAAUUGAAUGGCUGUAAUGUGGGCGGAUGUGCAGUCCAUGCAGUGAGAUUAAGACCUUCAUUGACAUUCGAGGAAAAGCAUGCUGAUAUCUUCAUUGAAGCAUUGGCCAAAUCAGUUAAUGAAUUAUGA